GCGCUGCCUCCGCUCGGCAGCCAGCCUGCAGCGCCGCGCCGCACAAAGAACGCGGCCCGGGCCUGCCGUGCCUUUAAAGGCGGUGGCCUGAGAUUUAAGGUGUCCCCGAGUGCCGUUCUCCGUGCUUGGCCGCCUGCGACGCGGGCUUCAUGGAGAGCGCCGGGCCCCUGCACCCACGCCGCCGUGCCCACCCCAUUGUGCACGCCCGGGGUUUGGGGACUUGGCGGGUAGGAGGAUCUGGAAAGAACCCAGCCAACCAAGAGAGGGAGGGGAGAGGUUGAGCUGGGAGGAGCGUGGGCCCAAGAACCAUGUCUACGCGGGAGUCCUUUAACCCGGAAAGUUAUGAAUUGGACAAGAGCUUCAGGCUAACCAGAUUCACUGAACUGAAGGGCACAGGCUGCAAAGUGCCCCAAGAUGUCCUGCAGAAAUUGCUGGAAUCUUUACAAGAGAACCACUUCCAAGAAGAUGAGCAGUUUCUGGGAGCUGUUAUGCCCAGACUCGGCAUUGGAAUGGAUACGUGUGUCAUUCCUUUGAGGCAUGGUGGCCUUUCCUUGGUUCAAACCACAGAUUACAUUUAUCCCAUUGUUGACGACCCUUACAUGAUGGGCAGGAUAGCAUGUGCCAACGUCCUCAGUGACCUCUAUGCAAUGGGUGUCACAGAAUGUGACAAUAUGCUGAUGCUCCUUGGAGUCAGUAAUAAAAUGACCGACAGGGAAAGAGAUAAAGUGAUGCCCCUAAUUAUACAGGGUUUUAAAGAUGCAGCUGAGGAAGCAGGGACAUCCGUCACAGGUGGCCAGACAGUGCUGAACCCCUGGAUUGUUUUGGGAGGAGUCGCCACAACUGUCUGCCAGCCCAAUGAAUUU